AAAAUCUUUUUAUGGCUAACUUACCACAACAACAAUAUUCAACGCCUUCAAAUUUGCCUUCGUACAACAGAGAUCAACCCACUUACCAAUAACCUACACUAGGAUAAUAACAAAUUCCUUAGAGCAACUAUCAACCUCAACAAUCUGGGGAGAAAGGAUUGCAAUAUCUGCCUUAACAAGUAGGUGCAUUGCCAUAAAAUGUAUAACCAUAACAAUAACAACUGUAUGGGCAACCACAAGUUGGACUUAUCGGAUAGCCGAUCACUCAAUAACCAGUAUUUGGGCAAUCUUAAAUUUAAUAACCUCUCCAACAAACAGUUGAAACCCAAUAAGGACAAGUGGUGAAGGGAUAGUCAAGAAUCGAGUACAUCCCAUAUGAGAGAACGAUAACCGAAUACGAAGAAGUGAGGAGACAAGUGCAAGUACCCAUAACCAAAUAAGUCACUGACUAUUAUGCAGUCCAAUAUGACAUCGAAUACAUUCCCCAAGUAAUUCAAGAGAAACAGAUAGAAUACGUCCCAGUUGAGAGAGUAGCAGAGAGAACCGAAUAUUACACUGUGGAAAGGCAGAACGUGAUACAACAAGUAAGAUUGAAUCAUAUAAACUUAGCCAAUCGGAUAUUAAUCAUAAUAGGUCCAAACUUCAGCCACCUAUACUCCAGUCCAAACCCAACUCUUGAGUCAACAAUAUGCACAAUAUGUUCAGCCUCAACAAACCCUAGCAUACCAAUAGCCAGUCUAAGUGCAACAACAAUAUCAAACCAGAGAAGUCAUCCAACAACCAAUAGUCCAAUAAUCCUAUGUCCAAUAAAGAGAAAUAGUUCCACAACAACAAAUCCAACAAUCAGUAGCAUUGCAACCAACUCUGCCAACCACACAAUAUGUUCCACAAUAGCAAUAUCAAACCAUCCAAAACACUCAAACUAUUCAACCUUAAUUAUAAAUUGCCUAAGUAAAACUUCAUCCAAAAUCAUAGACUGUCCCCUUGAAUUAUGGUCCAUCUAUUUAAACCCAACAACCUGUUGUCAAUCCAGCAACUACUUAAAUUAAUUAAGGAUAUUCCAUUCCAGCCACUCAAGUUAAUUAGGGAUAUUCCAUUCCAGCCCCUCAAUAGACAGUCUAUGGACAACAAUCCCUUGGUCCUCAAUAGGCUAAGCCUCAAUAGCCUCUAACUCAAACUACACAAUACAAUCCUUAAUUGUAACAAACUGUGGCACCAUCUUAAGUAUGACUUCUACAUUAUUCAUCAGUUCGCUUAAUCUGUUCCUUAACAAUAGUAAUAACAAUCGAUCCCUCAAGAUAUGGGAAGAACUAGACCCUAUCAAUAAGCUCCAUUGCCUCAAUAACCAUCCUAACCACAAUAGGCUAACACUGCUUAGAAAUCAAAUAAAGAAAAGUCAUUCUUGGAGAAGUUGUUCGAUUGAUUAAAUUUGCAUAAAAU